AUGCAGAGAUGAAUACCUGAUAGUUGAUUAUCGUAAUGUUGAGUUGUUGAAACAAUUUAUUUGUGAACAUAGUGGAGAGAUCAUAUGUUACACGAAAACUGGUCUGUGCCAGAAUGCUCACAACAAACUGCUAGUUGCUAUACUUAAAGCAAGGGACUACGGAUUGCUUACAUUUGGUGUUCCAUUCAAAUAUUAUAAUUACUAUGAGUGGAAACAUGAAAAAUAAACUUGUUGGACACAUUAUAUUUUAAGAGUUAUAGUAUGAUGGGUGAAAGAGAAAUAAAUUGUACAUUUUUAAUAAUAGGAGGAGGUAUUGCUGGGGUUUCUUGUGCUGAAGGUAUAGGUUUUCUUUCUCCUAAGGAAGAUACUGUUUUAAUUACAGCUAGCCCUUUGAUAAAAGCAGUUACAAAUGUAGUCCCUCUUGGUAAAACACUAAUGCAAUUUAAUGUGGAAGAAAAGGACGCAACAUCUCUAACAAAAGCAAAUGAUUCAAUACAAAUUAUUCAUGAUUUUGCUGUAAAAGUUAAUACAAUAAAUAAAUGUGUGCUCACAAAAAAUGGGAGAAUCAUAACUUACAAAAAGCUAUGCCUUUGCAACGGUGCUAGACCAAGACUUAUAGCACAGAAUAACGAUUUUAUUUUAGGAAUUCGGGAUACUGAAUCAGUUGUUCAAUUUUCUCAAAGAAUUAAGAAUUCACGAAAAAUAGUAAUAGUCGGAAAUGGUGGUAUUGCCACUGAGAUUGCACAUGAGAUUGAUGAUAUUGAAAUAAUAUGGGUAAUCAAAGAUAAGCAUAUUUCUGCAACAUUUGUUGAUCCUGGAGCUGCGGAAUUUUUCAUGGAUAAAGUGCACAGAACGAAUGCAGAUUCAAACAUUCGGGCGAGCACUAUAACUAAGACAAUGAGAUACACAAUAUCUGAUACAAAACUUGUAAAAGAUGGACCAGCUUUAGGACCAAACUGGCAUAAUAAUAUUGAAAUAAAAGGUACUGCCUUCAAAUCUGCAAAAAUACAAGUUGAAUACGAAUGUGAAAUAGUAAAAAUUCUUACUGACUCGGAGAAAAAAGAAUUUGAUCCUUCAGAGGAGUGGCCUGUGUAUGUUGAAUUAACAAAUGGAAAAAUUAUUGGGUGUGAUUUUAUUGUGUCAGCGACAGGUGUAAUACCAAACUCCAAUAUAGAGGGUUUAGAGGGACUCAAGAAAGGAGAUGAUGGAGGAAUAUUAGUAGAUUGGAAACUAGAAACCUCAGAGCAACAUAUAUAUGCUGCAGGAGAUGUAUGCAGUGCAGACUGGGAAUUAGCAAAGCAUUGGUUCCAGAUGAGACUGUGGACGCAGGCUCUUCAAAUGGGACGUUAUGCAGCAAAAUCUAUGGUUUCUGCUUUGAAAAAUGAAGAUUUUUUGCAAGAUUUUUGUUUUGAACUUUUCACUCAUGUAACAAAAUUUUUUGGCUACAAAGUUGUUUUGCUUGGUCUGUAUAAUGGUCAAAAACUAAACAAUAAGUACGAAAUUCUAUUGCGUAUGACUAAAGGGAAUGAAUACAUAAAACUAAUACUAGAAAAUGGCAAAAUGCAAGGAGCAGUGUUGAUUGGAGACACUGACUUGGAAGAAAUGUGUGAGAACUUAAUAUUAAAUCAAUUGGAUAUAAGUAGUUAUGGCGAAGACUUAUUAAAUCCUGAUAUUGAUAUCGAAGAUUAUUUCGAUUAACUGUACCUUUGAGUUGGCUUUAGUGAAAUUAUAUUGCUGUCAUAUUUCCAUAGCCCUGUGAAAUCAGUAAUGCACUAAAUAAUGUGUGAACUAUAUCUUGCAUGUGUGUACAUGUUACAGAUUUUUUUUAUUAUUGUGCAAUUAUUAUACAAAGUAUACAAAAACUAACUAUAUAAAAAUAUAAAGAAAUAAUUAAUGUAAUUUGUAACGUUAGAAAUAUCACUCUAUAUCUUAUAUUAGACAAUAGAAAGUCUUUCCUAUAGGUAAAUAUACAAGUUAUCGAAAAUAAAAUGGUGCGAUUCAUUUUCAA